UUGUAAUUUCAACCCCGUAAUUAUAUUAAUUUAAAACCCCGAACCCGGCAUUCCCAAGACGACUCAUUUAACUCGUUAAAAUCCGCUCUUCGUCCACCAAAUUCUUCUCUCUCUUAAUCGUCGGCGCCCCACAGCUUAGCUCUUUCACUGUUUACUGAAUUGUAAAAUUUGGUUCAUUAGGAGGGGGAGGAGGAGGAGGAGGAGGAGGAGGAGGAGGAGGAGAAGAGGGAAAUUGGGGGCGAGGGGGGAGGGAUAUGGCGAUAUCGGAUGCGGUGAUUGGGAAUUUGAUGACGAUCUACGUGGCAGUGAUAGCGGGGAUAAAGGCCUAUGGUUUAGUAUGUGGGCGGAGCUUCAGUGGCGGGUUCGUGCUGAUUGUGUCGAGCACGGUGGUGGGUCUCAUCUUGGUCGGGACGCUGACGUGGGAUGUCUCUCGUAAAGCCACGUACGCGAUUUCCCGUGAUCACGCUGCUGCGGUCCAUGUUCACGAGAUGUGCAAGGGUGGUAUUUGCUGGCACGGUGUGGCGGUGCGUUCCCCUGCUUCUCAGGUCCGGUUCAGGCUCCCUCAGCAAAUUCCAUACGGUUCUUUGUAACAAAAAAAGUGAAUGAAAAAGUUGAAAAGCACGAGCAGAAAAAAAAGAAGAAGAAUAAAAGGGGUAUUUGAGUUUCGAAGCUGUAAGAUAUAAGGUUGUCUCUGGCUAAGACAAAAGCCUUGAGGUGUUUGGGUUGUUUUCUCCUUGAAUUUUGAUUGAGAGGAAUAAAAUAGUGUGUAUAAAGCUAUAAAAUAACAUACCAAGUGGAAGAUGUUUUGUGAAUAAAUAAAUAAAUAGUUCUCCGUUGCUCUUGGUUUUUUCUUUUGCACCAACCAAAGUUUGUUCUGUUGUACAAGUGCUUUCAAGAUGGAAACAGAGGAGCGAGGCCGAGUUUACAUAGUUUAAUUGCUUGGUUUGGUCGGCCUACUGACAAGGAACACAGCAUUUUUGCCAGGAGGAAGUCCAGUCCAGGAUUCUCAAAAAGGUUAUUGCAGUUUAUAUGUUGAAAGAUGUCAGAGUUAGGGUGGCAAUUAUUAUUUAUUACAGAUUUUUCAGGAAAAUAAGUAAGAAGAGCACUUUUGCAAAAAAAAAAAAAAAAAGUGUAUUGGUACGUUUGUUCAUAUAAAACAGUUAAAGUAGAGUCCUAGUUUUGUGUGUUUUUUGUUGGUUUGUCUGUUUAGAACACGCCAUGCUUCUUCUUA